UGCAGACAGACUGAGGCAGUGGCUAGUGAAUAUGAGACGCCAAGACUGGAAACCCACCAGGUCAUCUCGUCUCUGUAGUCUUCACUUUGAAGACCAUGCUUUCACCACAGACGCCCAAGGAAAUCGUCGGCUGAAGAGCACAGCAGUACCUACUGUGUUUUCCCUUCCUGAACACUCGAUGAGGAAACCCACAAACCGAAGAGCAAGACAAAGACUGAUGGUUCAGAUGGAGAAAGCUCAGCUUCUGCUGUCGGUGAGGGCUGACACCCCAUCUAAAGACCAGAGGGUGCUGCACAAAGAACAUCCACGAAGCUUCCAGAGAGAAAAUGAGGUUCAACAAAGAGGUCUGGACAAGGAGAAGACACUUAAAAGAGGAGAGGAAGGUGAAAACGUUGAUCCGGAGCAUUACCUAUGUCGAAUAUGUGGCUUUCAUGCCAGAGAUGUCAUCUGUCUCAGCCAGCAUCUGCACUCUACCCAUCCCAUCACCAGUCUACAGGUCCCAGGCUUUCUCAGGGGCGAAAGAUGUGGACCAAUGAAAGAGGAGAGGAAGAGAGAGAUGCAACAGAUGUGCAUAAGUGGUGGUCAAAGCUCCACUGAAACAGAGUGCAGGGAAAGCACCAUCAAAGAGAAGCUUCCUCUGGAAGAAGGGUCCACGUUUUCCUUGGCUGAGUGCGACAAACAGUCCUGUCGAACAAAAGAUGCAGUAGAAAGUCAACCCGCGGUACAACCAGGGCUGACAGAGAUGGAUAAACACGGACCAGCCCCUAAGUUCACUCAGAAACCUUUUUGUAAUUCUGGUAUCCAACCCAAAUCACAUGAUCCCUCAUCUAGAGGUCCCUGUCAGGAUAAGCAUACAGCAGCUUCUUGCACCUCAAGUGUUAUCCAGACACACCUUGUCUGCCUGCCGCUGGUGUCGGAGGGGCUGAAGCUGUUGUGGGUCCGUUCGGAACAGGCACAAGAGCUGGAUGCUGUAGCCAAGCUGGUGGAGGCGUUCAAUGCUUUCCCGUAUCUGACGCCACAGGAGGCAAGCGCUUUGGCUCGUCACUGCUCUCUGACCCCAGACAGGGUCAAAGUGUGGUUCAUGAUGCGGCGCAUCCGUUAUGGCAUCAGCUGGGAGGACGAAGACAUCCGAGAGACGCGACGCAAACUGAGCCGGCUGCAUGGCAGGGAACAGGCGCCGGAACGUCUGGAGGAUGGGCGACCGCGGAACGGGGACAGGGAGGAGCAGGUCUGUCCCUUUGAACUUAAUGAAAGGACAGUUGUGGAGAAGAUGCAACAGGUGCAGACACCAGACGUCCUUCCACCUUUACCGUCGUUGGAUGAGCAGCAAGACGUAACCAAUCAAAACUGCAACAGGGUCAGAGAUACUGAACAUCAGAGUUUCCAAUCUCCCAUGAGAUUACCCAUUCCACCCAGUCCAAUGUGCCCAGUGGGUCCCUCGCGAAUUCGAAUGCGAACCAAGAAGUCCAAAGCCCAGCUGAUGGACCUUCGACGUAGCUUUGUUCGCAGACACUGGCCCUCAGAGACAGAGCUUCAGCGACUGCAGGACAUGACCGGACUGAGCCGCCACGAAAUCCGCCAGUGGUUUGCGGACAGACGUUACCAGCUGCGCAGGAAUGGGCAACGCUGCCUCUCUGGAGCUGGUAGGCAUACACGUUUUCAACCACAUCCUUAUUUACCUCUGAGAGGUGUCAGUUAUGAUGGAUCUCUUAGCAACAGCAUCUGUACUAGCAGUCCUGGCAUGGGCUCAGAGACUGGGUGUGAGAUAGAGGUUGAUGUUGCAGCAGAAGGAGAAAAGAAAGCCACAGUGGCAUCAACUGACCCAAGCAUGGUGAAAGAGGAGGUGUUGGAUGAGACUCCGAUCAUUCAGAACAACUCCUCCGUAAACUUUCCGAAAAAUACCUCUUUUGAACCUUCCCAUUCUCCCUCUUCUUCAUCCACACCUGAUGUUGUUCCACCUUUACCCCCAUUGGAUAAGCAUCAAGACGUAACCAAUCAAAACUGCAACAGUGUCAGAGAUACUGAACAUCAGAUUUUCCAGUCCCCCAUAAGAUUACCCAUGCCACCCAGUCCACUGUGCCCUGUGGGUCCCUCGCGAAUUCGAAUGCGAACCAAGAAGUCCAAAGCCCAGCUGAUGACCCUUCGACGUAGCUUUGUUCGCAGACACUGGCUCUCAGAGACAGAGCUUCAGCGACUGCAGGACAUGACCGGACUGAGCCGCCACGAAAUCCGGCAGUGGUUUGCGGACAGUCGUUACCAGCUGCGCAGGAAUGGGCGACGCUGCCUCUCUGGCACUAGUAGGCAUACACGUUUUCAACCACAUCCUCAUUUACCUCUGAGAGGUGUCAGUUAUGAUGGAUCUCUUAGCAACAGCAUCUGUGCUAGCAGUCCUGGCAUGGGCUCAGAGACUGGGUGUGAGAUAGAGGUUGAUGUUGCAGCAGAAGGAGAAAAGAAGGCCACAGUGGCAUUAACUGACCCAAGCAUGGUGAAAGAGGAGGUGUUGGAUGAGACUCCGAUCAUUCAGAACAACUCCUCCGUAAACUUUCCGAAAAAUACCUCUUUUGAACCUUCCCAUUCUCCCUCUUCUUCAUCCACACCUGAUGUUGUUCCACCUUUACCCCCAUUGGAUAAGCAUCAAGACGUAACCAAUCAAAACUGCAACAGUGUCAGAGAUACUGAACAUCAGAUUUUCCAGUCCCCCAUAAGAUUACCCAUGCCACCCAGUCCACUGUGCCCUGUGGGUCCCUCGCGAAUUCGAAUGCGAACCAAGAAGUCCAAAGCUCAGCUGAUGACCCUUCGACGUAGCUUUGUUCGCAGACACUGGCCUACGGAGGCAGAGGUCCAGCGACUGCAGGACAUGACCAGUCUCGACCGCCACGAAAUCCGGCAGUGGUUUGCGGACAGUCGUUACCAGCUGCGCAGGAAUGGGCAACGCUGCCUCUCUGGCACUAGUAGGCGUACACAUUUUCAACCACAUCCUCAUUUACCUCUGAGAGGUGUCAGUUUUGAUGGAUCUCUUAGCAACAGCAUCUGUGCUAGCAGUCCUGGCAUGGGCUCAGAGACUGAGUGUGAGAUAGAGGUUGAUGUUGCAGCAGAAGGAGAAAAGAAAGCCACAGUGGCAUCAACUGACCCAAGCAUGGUGAAAGAGGAGGUGUUGGAUGAGACUCCGAUCAUUCAGAGCAACUCCUCCGUAAACUUUCUGAAAAAUACCUCUUUUGAACCUUCCCAUUCUCCGUCUUCCUCCUCUUCUCCCUCUCCUUCGUCCCUCCUGGGUCAGUCUUCCAACCUCCUUCCUGAGCACAGUUUCCGUUUUCACAAAAAGAGUCGAGAACAGUUGAAUAUUCUGCGGCAGAGCUUCCUGCGCUGCCAGUGGCCAUCCAGUGCCGAAUAUUCCCAGUUACAGGAGCAGACCGGCCUGACGCGUCAGCAGAUCAUCCAGUGGUUUGGUGACACGCGAUAUCACGUCAAGCGUUAUCAGCUGCGCUGGAUGGACCAGGAGGAGAGGCAUCAGAUUGCGACAGGUAUCAUGCAGUCGCAGCAUGGGGGCAGCAGGUACUCUCGAUGCCGGUCGGGUUCAGAGAACCUGCCCUCUGUAUCUCGGCUCAGGACACCCCAGUUUGUCAGUGGCGUUGACGCCCAUCUUAGCUCCGCGGGCAUGGAGCGUGACAGAUUUGGUAACGCGGAGACUGGGAAUGGGGUGAAGCCAAGGAUGAGGACACGUCACUGCUGCACAGGGGUUCACCAUGGGAAGGACCGAGUCAGCGUUGAAGUUUCAUCAAAAUAGCAACAGUGAUAGUCUACAUAGGAGCCAAGUUACACCAAGAACAUCUAAGACAUUGCCAGAGAUGUCUUCCAUAAAUAAUAAAAUUUCACAUUCUACCUCCCUCAAUGCUAAACUUGACUAAGGUUCUAGAUUACAUUAUUCGGUGUGUUAUUUAUAGAAUGGAGGCGUUAACCACAUUUGCCUUCUGUUCUCUUUUUGUCUUCAAGACUUGCAUUUGUAUCGUGUUGCCGUGUUUUAUUGUUGUCAAGCUGUCAUUUACACAGUACACUUUGUAUUUGAUAUUUGCUUUGUUUCAGUAAGGGGUGAAGUUUUGAGCAGCUGUAAUGACCAUUUUUAAAACCAUAUUCAAACUGUAUUUGAAAGCCUUGCUUUUUCAAAAAAAAUGUUUGUUCACAUUGUCUUCAUUUUAUUUAAUUAAUUGAACGAAUCUUUGAAUUAUUUGCUUGACAACAAGGAGUGUAGGAAGGUCCAUAUGUACUAUGUGUGUCUCACUGGAAGACUACUGAUCUGGGAUCAGCUCUCCUCAUAUAAUUGUAAUUAUGUAUUUGCAUCUAUUAGGACUAUGACAGGCGAGAACUGAUCAUGGAAUAGUACUCUUGACUCUAAGAAAUGUAAUGUAUACGACUGCUGAUUCUGACUUGCAUAUGUGUCCAUCUUUGUGUUGAAGAGAGUGGAAGACCAAUGCAAAGUCUGACUGACUCAAUGGGAUGUUUAAUGAGUAUUUGUUA